UGGAUAAUUUGGCAGAUAGUUUUUCUGCAAUUUGAUAUGUGUGCGGAUUUAGUUAUUCAGUUAUAUUGGGCCAAAAAGAGCGCCGCCAACGCCGAUGUCGAUACCAAUGCCGCCGCGCCUGGCCGAAAGUGAAAAACUGAAUGCGCAGACGUGUGUAACAGUUUUUACUUUCGGCCUGGUUUUCUGCCAUUUUUUUCGGCAUCUCUAGCAGUAGUUGCUGUUUGGUUUGCUUUUUUGGUUGCUGUUGCUGCUGGGAGGCAGUGGAGCAUUUAGCCAAGAUCUGUGCAGAUUGCAUAAAAUACAGACACCCCAGCAGCAGCAACAGCAACAACAACAACAGCAAAAACAGCAGCAACUGCUAAACUGCUAAACUGCAACCGCAUUUAGCCCAGUUUUCUGCGCAAAUAUUUUCCAAAAGCUAACGACAAAAAAAUCUCACACUAAAUCUUAGCGUUAUUUUUUCCUCCUCGUCGUUGUCGUCGCGUUUAACUCAAAUUAUAACAACAACAACAACAACAACGAGAGCAGCAGCAGCAGCAACAACAACAGCGGCAACUUCAGCAACAGCAGCAACAACAACAACAUCUAGCCCAAAGGAGCCUUGUAUUGCCACCUCGACCAGCAAAAAGCCGCCAAAAUGCUUCCGUUCCGGCGUGGAGCGGCCUGGCAAACGCUCUUCCUGCUCUGCGCUCUCGCCUAUUGCAUAAAUGAAGCCAGCAGCGAGGGUCGCGUAGUCUGCUAUUAUACAAACUGGAGUGUCUAUCGGCCAGGCACUGCCAAAUUCAAUCCGCAGAACAUAAAUCCAUAUCUGUGUACACAUUUGGUGUACGCGUUCGGUGGAUUCACCAAGGAUAACCAAAUGAAGCCCUUUGACAAGUACCAGGACAUCGAGCAGGGUGGCUAUGCCAAGUUCACUGGACUCAAAACGUACAACAAACAGCUGAAGACCAUGAUUGCCAUUGGCGGAUGGAACGAGGCGAGCUCGAGAUUCUCACCAUUGGUAGCGAGUAAUGAGCGUCGGCAGCAGUUCAUCAAGAACAUCCUGAAAUUCCUGCGACAGAAUCAUUUCGAUGGCAUCGAUCUGGACUGGGAGUAUCCAGCUCAUCGCGAGGGCGGCAAGUCCCGGGAUCGUGAUAACUAUGCCCAGUUUGUCCAAGAGCUGAGGGCGGAAUUCGAAAGGGAAGCGGAGAAGACCGGACGCACUCGUCUCCUGUUGACCAUGGCAGUUCCGGCUGGCAUCGAGUACAUUGACAAGGGUUACGAUGUGCCCAAGUUGAACAAGUAUCUGGAUUGGUUCAAUGUGUUGACCUACGAUUUCCACUCCUCCCACGAGCCAUCGGUUAACCAUCAUGCUCCGCUCUAUUCGCUGGAGGAGGACUCCGAGUACAACUAUGAUGCCGAGUUGAAUAUUGACUACUCCAUCAAAUACUAUCUGAAAGCGGGUGCAGAUCGUGACAAGCUUGUUCUGGGCAUACCCACCUAUGGCCGAUCCUAUACUUUGAUCAACGAGGAGAGCACCGAACUGGGAGCACCUGCAGAGGGUCCGGGCGAACAGGGUGAUGCCACCAGGGAAAAGGGAUACCUGGCCUACUACGAGAUCUGCCAGACCCUCAAGGACGACCCCGAGUGGACUGUGGUGCAGCCGAAUGCCAAUGUUAUGGGUCCCUAUGCCUACAGGCGCAAUCAGUGGGUGGGCUACGAUGACGAGGCCAUUGUGCGCAAGAAGGCCGAGUAUGUGGUGGCCCAGGGACUGGGUGGCAUUAUGUUCUGGGCCAUUGACAACGAUGAUUUCCGCGGCACCUGCAACGGAAAGCCAUAUCCUCUUAUCGAGGCUGCCAAGGAAGCCAUGGUGGAGGCAUUGGGACUGGGCAUCAACGAGGUGGCCAAGCCAAGUGGACCACAGAAGCCAUCGAGAUCUCGCAGUCGCGAUAAUGCCAGCACCCGGAAUCGUCUUAAUGGCAAGACCGAAGCUCCACCCAGCUCCAGGAGACCCAGUGCCACAAGAAGGCCAACUGUGAGCUCCACCCAGCCACCACCGCCGAGCACAACCUUCAAACUGACCGAAGCCGAGGGAUCCUCUCUCUACAUUGGAGGCAGGGCAUCCACAACGCCGCCACCACCAACGACUCCCGAUCCAGGUUCGGACUUCAAGUGCGAGGAGGAGGGCUUCUUCCAGCAUCCGAGGGAUUGCAAGAAGUACUACUGGUGUCUGGAUAGCGGACCGUCUGGUCUGGGCAUUGUGGCUCACAUGUUCACUUGUCCAUCGGGACUUUACUUCAAUCCCGCUGCCGAUUCCUGCGACUUUGCUCGUAAUGUGCCCUGCAAGACCAAAAAAUCCACAACGGCGGCACCAGUGACCUCCACAACCCCGACCACCACCACAGUGCGCUCCAAUCGAGUGACAGCUGCUCCCACGGCUCGUCCAGUAUAUCCACGAACCACCACCACCACAAGCACCACGACCACCACAACGACAACUACUCCAGCCAGUGUUGAUGAAGAUCUCGAAUAUGAGGAGGAUACCGAUGAGCUGUCGCCAAGCAAAUCCAGCGAUGCUGAAGAGGAUCCACAGGUGAUCAAGGAACUGAUCGAUUUGAUUCGCAAAGUGGGUGGUGUGGAGCAGCUGGAGAAGCAUCUUUUGCGUAACAAGGAUGGAUCGAUUACAUUGAAGGAAAACUCUGCCACUGGUGCAGCCACUACUCCGUCAACUAUAAGCAAAUCUCUGUAUGAUCGUGUGCUCAGUCGUCCUGGAACAUUGAAUUCCUUCAGCCGCAAUCGUUUCAAGAUCAGCGAGGCCACAGAAACAAGCACUGAAGCCACAGUUUCGAGUAGUUCGUCAAAGGGUCCUUCGACUCUCACCUCCAACAGCAACUCCAAAUAUUCCUCAGUUCUGCGGGGCAACAGUCGUCAAGGUCCACAGAACGAGGGCAUUGAAAAAUUGGCUGAGUUCGAUGGUUUCCUAAAGGAACGCAAGCAAUAUGUGACCAUUAAUCGCCAUCGAUCUGCGAGUCAGGGAGAUGAUGAGGAGCUUGCAGAUCAGCAGGAGGAGGAGGAGAAUCUGGCCGAAGUUCAGACAACCACCCGUCGUCCUUUGAGCUCCAUCACUCCGUCUUACACAAGUCUUAGACGUGCACGGCCCACUACGGUGGCACCGCCUGCAGAAGAAUCCAACGUGGAGGCAGAGCAAAAUACCCAAACGCAAGUGAAAUCCUAUGCCACCUUGAGUCGUACUCGUGGACGCACCACGGCACCACCAGAAGUCACGGAAGCGGCGCCCAGUUCGACAACCAAUCGGUACAAAUACUUUGAGCGUACACGACCCACUAAGAGUGCCGCUGCCGAAGAUUCCGAAGAUCCCACAGAAGACGAAGAGGAAGAGUACGAGGACGAGCAAAAGGAUAUUGUUACGGUACAGAGCAAACAAACCACAAACACACGUAAAUAUGCGAGCAUCGGCCGCAGAACAACCACCACUACAACAGCAACACCAGAAACUACAAGAACAACCGCCGGCACUGAGACUGCCAAGGCCAGCACCACCACCACCAACAACAACAACAACAACCACUACAACAGCAGCAAUAACAACAACAAUGCGAAACUGAAUAACCAAAUACCAACAGAAGAGAACAUCCCAACUACACCCAGCACCACCGCUCAAUCCGAUACCACCACCACAACUAACGAAACCACUGAACCAAAUGAAAGCACCUCAACCACCACCACAUCCAUAACUAAUAACCUGCAUACCAUCACCACCACCACCACCACACCCACACCGAUUGUAGCAUCCACUGUCCCAACAACAGCCGCCAAUGGCAUUAGCUCAGACUCUCUGCUAGCCACCGAGUUGAGCGAGGCCUCACCCACCCACCUUUCUCCCAGUCCUGACUUAGAAACAUCAACACCGACAACAACAAGCACAACAACAACAACAACGGAACCCGAACUGGACACCACAACAACCACACCGAAAACAACACCAACAACAACAACCACAACGGGAAACAACGAACUGAAUGACGUUAACAACGUGGACGAGGACAGCGAGGUAACGAAAACCAAGACCCAAUACAAGUAUGCAACCACCAACCGUCGACGCAUAACCACAACAACAACAACCACCAACAAGAACAGCAACAACAACAACAACAACAAUGCAGAAGCUGCGAACGAUGCUAGUCCAACAACAACAAACGGUUUGAGUAGUUUAAAUAGCAUUAGAACCAACCCGGGCAGAAGGCAACCCCCCCAAUCAGAGCAGACCCAAACAACAACCACCGAACCAAACCUCUCUAGUCCCCGACCCUUUGGUUAUCCCCGACGUCGCACACGACCCACAGCUAGCACCACAACCACCACUAUUCCCCAAACUGAUAAUGAUAACAAUACCGAUAAUAACGUAAACGAAACCGAUGCAGUUGCGCAAGUAGUGAAGAAGACACGACUAUCUCCAGGGGAUAGGCCCAAGGUGAGUGCCAGUCUUCCAACAGCAACCGCAAUCAACACACGAACCAAUACCUCCUCACUGCACCACCAAGAAUCCCAAGUAGAAGUAGCUGGUAACGGUGGCAAUGAUAGUAGCUUAAGGCAUGAUGUAGUUAGCUCUAGUUUAAGUCAAUCCCAAUCCCAAUCCAACAAAAUCGAUGCCAACGACCACAGUACCACCCAGCAGCAUACCAAGUACAUUUGGCGUGGGGUGCGUGGUCCUGUAUCGCAGCGUACAGUGAUUCCCAAUUCUUUAGCGGGAGACGACAAGGACUCCCGACGCUUUGCCGGCAAGCAGUUGAACACCGACACAAUUGCGGAAGACGAGCUGCAAACCACCACCAAGUUCCGCAGUCGCCGCUUAAAUUCCGCCGAAGAUGAGUCCGAGGUGGCUCUCGAGGUGGCCACAGCUACGCCAUCGCCCGGUUCCCGCAGCUACCAAAGCAUCCAACGCUCCGCCAGUAAAGCGAGCAUUGAUGACUCUCAAAUCCACUACAAAGCCAUCACUCGCGAUUCCGUAGGCGGUGCUCAUCUCACCGCAGGACGCAGUUCCAGCUUUGUGAGGAAUGUCGGCGAAGCAGCCAAACCAACACCACCGAGCCAACCUAUUAGCAGAGGUGGACAGAUUGUGGAGAGCACCACCGAAGAUGAAAAUGUGGCUGCUGAAAUAAUCGAUGACGAAAGAAGGGGAGAGACGAAGGCACCUGCAGGUAGCGAGAAUACUGAUGACAGCAAUACGGCAACCGAACAGGAAUCUCCCGAAAUUGCAACUGAAGCUGCACCACCACAGCUCGAGAUUAACACUUUGCCAUCAGAAACUGCAGAUGUCAGCAGUUCUUCAGAAGCAUCUGUAAGCAGCACCACCGAAGAAAGCAUCAGCAGCACCGCAGAAUUGAACACUGUCGUUGAAGAAGCCAACGAACAUCUGAGCGCAGAAACCGACAAACAGUUAACUUCAGAGAAUGAUAAUGGAGAAUCAUCCACGGAAAUCAGCUCUUCUGAAGCCCCAGUUAGCAGCACAACCGUACAAUCUGAAGACACUGAAACUAAGUCAGAAGCCAGUGAUAAAGAAAUUGCCUUUAAUCUCAGCGCUGGAUCCAGUGAGACUCCUGCAAGCAGUACAGAAUUUCUAGAAAUCAGUACCACAACCAGCAACCCAGUGAUUCUCCAAGAAGAUUCUUCGACAACAGGACGACCCCGACGCCCAAUUAACCGCUUUAGCUCAACCACUGCAGCAGCUGCGCCAGAAGAGGAAACCACCUCCACCGUAAACCCAAGACGGCGCGUUAUCGUGCGCACCAGAACCAGCACCACUGAAGCAGAAAGUGAGGCUCAGACAACCACAGAAGGACCAAGACGACGUAGUUUUUACAGAACCAGCACCACAGCGCCACCAAGCAGCUCCACUGAAGCUGACAGUGAAGCUCAGAUAUCUACCGAAGGUCCGACACGUCGUUCCUUCUUUAGAACUAGGACCACUGAAGACGCUAGCAGCACCACUGAAGCAGCUACUGAAGAACUAAGCAGCCCCACAGAACCAGAAAUUGAAGUCGAGACAACCAGCGAGGGUCCAACGCGUCGUUCGUUCUUCAGAAGCAGCACCACUGUGGCGCCUAGUAGCACCACCAAAGAAAUCAGUAGCAGCUCCGUAGAUGAUGAUGUUAAAGCGAAUACAAUCACCACUCGUCGUUCGCUGUUCAACAAGCAGGCACCAAGCUCGACGGAAGCCACAACCACAACAACUGCAGAAGACUCCGAUGCUAGUAGCACCACCAGGCGUAGUUUCUUCCGUACCAGCACAACAAGUACUGCAGAAGACAAUGCAGAAAAGGACAUUGAACACGAGAGUGAGACGACCACUGCAUUGCCAAAACGUCGAGUUAUAGUCAGAGGCAAUUUUAGGCCGCGCAAGGAGGGAGAUCUCUCCUCUCUUCUGGCGGCAGAUGCCAACAAGCGAGCCAGAAACAACCACAGCACUACAAGCACAGAAACACCUGCUAGUCAAUCACCUACAUACCGUGAAGAAGAUACAGAGACGCAACAACCACAAGCUGAGGAGAAGACAACCACUGGUCGGGCUUCCUUGAAUGCCGUUCGAAACCGCACCACCACAAAAACCGAAAGCCUAGGCAAUGGAAUCACCCGCACGCGCACCACCUACGUCCGCACUCUCGACGCUGGCCAAAAGGUUGUGAAGCGCAUUCACACCAAAACCAUAGAAGAGAAACCCGCAGAGUACGAGUAUAUUAUCGAUGAAGUGACCCAUCCACCACCGCCGAGCACCACUCCUCGCACUGUGACCCGCAAUCGUGGAUCCGUGCGCUUCCAGAGCAACGAUCUUUCUUCGCUGCUGGCCUUGGACUUUGCCUCACGUAACAAUCGCAAGAAGCAGGCCCAAACAGAGACGACGGUUACCAAAACGCGAAGACGCCUACUUAAGAAACCCAAGGAAACCAUCGAGCACGAAGAGGUGGAAGAAUUCGAGUAUGAAGCAGGUCAGGAAGCCGGCAACGAAGUUGAGGAGGCGCCACGUGUGAGCACCACAGCCAGGACUAUAAUCCGCAGAACUAGACCCACAACUGUCAGAACCACUACGGAAACUCCACCAAAUCUUGAGGCUAGCACUCGCAGGGCAAGCUUCGCCUUCAAGCGUCCAUCUAAAGUGAGCACAACCACUGAGGAACCAACAACCACCUCUACUGAACCCACAACAUCAUCAGAAGCUACCACAAGAAGAGUUCUCGCCUUCAGAAGACCAGUGAGCACAACCACAGAGAGCUCACCAAGUUCAACAGAAGAUGAGUCAACUGAGGAGGCAACUGCUGCCCCCGUUGAAGCUUCCACCAGAAGAGUUCUUACCUUCAAAAGACCCCUCAGCACAACAACAACCCCAGCUCCAAUUGAAGAAGCGUCCACGGAUGAAUCCAUCACUUCUUCUUUAGAAGGUACCACCAGAAGAGUUCUUACCUUUAAAAGACCCCUCAGCACAACAACCACUCCAGCACCAAUUGAAGAAGCGUCCACCGAUGAAUCCACUCCUGCUUCCUUAGAAGGCACCACCAGAAGAGUUCUCGCUUACAGAAGGCCCGUGAGCACAACAACCACCACACCAGUCCCUGUUGAAGAUGAGUCUUCUGAUCAGUUGGCAGCGGCCAAGCAAAAGCUUAUAAAUCGCCUCAAGUCCAGCACCACUACGACAACAUCAACCCCUGAAACAACAACCACCGAAGAAGACUUAAGCGAACUUAAAGUACAGCUGAGCAAUGCCAUAAACCGUUUGCAAACGGAGAAUAAACUAGAAGGCCAGACAAUCACCAAGGAAGGUGAAGCCACAGAAGAUGAAGGCGAUGAUAAGCUUUCUUUGCCCAUUUACCACAGAAGAAAGUACUAUCAGUAUGUAAAGGAUUCGCCAAUUACCUAUAUCGACAAGUCCCCCGCACCACCGGAUAUCGAAAGUGUGACUGUGAACAUUAAGCAACAAAUUCAUGAUGUGUUCAAUGUGAGUGAAAAUGAGACGCCACUUAAUUCACUGGCCGACGACGGAGAGACCGAAGAGCAUCGGGAGGCUAUGGCACAGGCCAAGGAAAUCAAUGCCGAACUCGGUCAUUUUUUAUUGAAAACCCCCGGGUCAAAAACCAAAUCCCAGCGACAGGGAAAAACAUUCAAAACAAUACCACUAGCCACAGACUCGAGCAAUGAGACCUCAAAGAUUGUAAGCCUUUCGCUUCUGGAAGAAAAGGAAAGAGGCGAAGAUGAAGCCAGGGCUCUACGCACCUACACCAGACUAAACCGCACCCGCUUGACCCUAUCCACCAGGUUGCCGGAAAAGACACCAAGUGAACCACUAGACACAACGACCAGGAGGAGCUACAGCGUUCCACAGCGUUUCCGUCUUCGCUCAACAACGCCCAUACCUUCGAACACAGAAAACAGUGAAGAAGACGAGGAGGAAACUAAAGACAAUGAAGGACCAUCGCGCAGCACAACAACUGCGACACCAUCCAUCAAAAUACCCACCCGAAGACUUUUUACGCCUAGAAGGCCUGUUAGUGCUGUAGAGGAAUCCAGUUCUACUGAUAUCCGUAAAGAUAAUGACGAAGAGUUGAAGGUGGAAUCAACCACAAGACGACUCUAUGCCGGCCUAAAUAGAUUGAGAGGCAGGGGAAGCACCACCACAACCACCGAGAAAGCAACUGAUUCAACCACCGAAGCAGCAACCACAACAGCCAAAAGUACAAGGCAACCUUAUGUGGGCAUUAGUCGCAGAGUUACAACCACAACGACCACUGAGAAGUCAGCGGAAAGUAGCACUGAAUAUAAUGGCAAUGAAGACGAUGAUGCGGAGUCCACCACUAUAACUUCUGAACAGGAGGUAAACAAUGAUGCCGAAGGAAAUAAGGUGGCAAUCAAUGAAACAGAAGACCCAGUUACCGAGAAAGCUCCCGAAGAGACUGAAGUCGACAGCACUGAGGAACCGGAACUGGAAGCUUACAUAGACGAUGACAAUGAAAUCCCCCAGGAAGAAAGCGGACCUAGAACAGAAACCACUUCAACGACCACAACAACGACCACAACAACGACCACCAGUAAACCAGCAAGCACCACCUCACGUCGUCAGUUGGUAAUUCGUCGCCGUUUUAAUGGCACCAUAACAACAACCACUACGGUUGCCCCAGUAGCCGAUGACAAUCUCGAGAAUGAGAUCGAACCAAAUGAUACGGAGAGCUCAACACCAAAAGCAACCACUACAACUCCACCACGGCGGCAACUUUUAAUACGCCGACGCUUCAAUGCGACCAGCAGUUCAACAACAACGACAACAACUGCAAAUCCUAUUGCCGACAAUGAAAUAGAUCAGGGCGGCGAGCCAACAAGUACAACGCGUCGAACGAUUCUGUCACGUCGGCGAUUCAAUGCGACUUCCAUCACAACAACAACCACGCCGGGAUCAACGAACGGCGACGAGAUAAGCACACGACGUCCGUAUGCGGCCUUGAACCGCUCACGUAAUCGCUUUACAACACCGCGAACCACAACCACCGACGGUGCGCAGGAGGACGAUGAUGACGAUGACGAUGAUGAUGAUGAUGAUGAUGAUGAGGAAGAGAAGCAGCAGGCACCGCCACCAGCUGUCUUCCUGCAAACAAACCGCCAUCGCGCCCUAAAACCCACCGCCGAAGAAGAGGAAGAUGCUGCAGCUGCGGUGCCAGCACGUAAGCCACCCAAUUUCGCCGCUCGUCGCACCACCGCUGCACCACUGCGAGUUAGCUCCAGUACGCGCCGCAAUCUGGUGGCAAUCAAUAGAAAUCUCUACCACCGAGCGGAGGAAUAUGACGAGGAACAGCCCGAAGAGGAGUACGAUGAAAACGAGGAGGGGGAUGAUGAUCAGGAGGAAACUGUAGAUCCCCAAGUCACAAGCACCACUGCACGUACACGACUAAGUCAACUGCUAGCCAGCAGGCAAAGACAGCCACUCAGGACAACCACACAAAAACCGACAGAGACAGAAAGCAGCGAUACAGAAACUGACGCGGACAACGAUGAGGAAAACGAUGAUGAAGAUAACGAUAGCUCCGCCGAGGUAUCGAACAGUAACCACACACUAAACCACCACACGAAUACUUUGGGGGGUGGCACCACUAACCCUAACAAUCUUACUAACCGUAGCACCACCGCACUGAAUGUAGCUAGUCAACGUAGUAACAGCACCGUAGCCAAUUAUAUUAAUCGAUUCAAGUCAAACAGUUACACAAUCAAAAACAAACCAGUCACAGUCACAGCUAAUAUUAAGGCAGAUAGUACAGAUAAAGAUAAUCAUAAUGAUAGUGAUAAUGAUGGAGAUAAUGAUGAUGAUAACGAUGAUGAUCACGAUGCUAGUCUAGUGAAUGAGGGGGAGGAGAAAACGAGUGGGGCUGGUUUGAAUGCCUUAGGUAAUGAUGUUAAUUCCACACGACGCUUUCAGAAUCGUUAUCAAUUGAGCCGCACCAGAGGCAGCACCACCAACACCACCCCAACAACAGCAACAACAACAACACAACAACAACAACAACAACCCCAAACAACAACCACCGCCAGACGAUUGACGUUUGGGGGCCGUCAGCGCGCCCAGGUAACUAAACUAACCCUAGUCGAUGAGCAGACUGAAGAGACCGAGACUAAGGGUGUUGCCCGCGAUGAGGAGGAGAAGGAGGAGGAAGAAGACUCCAACGCAACCACCACAACAAGCACAACAACCACAACCACCAGCAGACCAACACCGAAGCGCAUACGUGUGCUUAAAUUCCGCAGACCCUUAAAUAGCAAUAGCAAUAGUACCACCACCAAUGUAGAUAGCACCACUAAUAGCGCCACUGACACUAACCCAGACACCACCACAGCCACACCAACAACAGCAGGUCAAAGCACCACCACCAGCAACAACAACACCACAAGCACCACCGGCAAUAAGCGUUUCCGCAAGAUUGUUCGCAAAUUGAGGCCUGUGGACUCAAGUACUGCGGCCAGUGUGGAUAGUUCCGAUGAAACCACCCGUAAAACUUUCGUUCCCAGCCACACCAGAUUUGCGGAUCAGGAUAAUGAUCUUGUCAAUCUGCGCCAGCGCAUCAAGGAGCAGCAAGCACGUGGUGAGCCACAAGAUGGGGUAAUUAGCAGUCGAUUCAAGACCCUGGGCCAAAAGGACGAUCAGGAUGUGUCGGAGUUGCAAAAGUUGAGGGACAAAGUGAAGGCCGAGCAGGCGAGGGGAGAAGGUGAACGGGGCGUGAUCAACGAUCGUCUGAAGAAGCUUCUGGCCGAGAAGGGCUCGAGCAUCUCUAGCCAAAGAGAAGAAUCCUCAACUGAUGACGACUCUUCGUCGGUUUCCUCGGCCAGGCCCUUCUUCAAGCGAAAACUGGUGGCACGUAGACCCUACACACCACCCUCGGCCAGUGGUGGUGGCACCACAAAGGCCCCACUGACAUUUAGCACCACCCGACCCACGGCCAAGUUCGUGCGCAGAAAGAACGGUAGAUUUGAUCCCUUCAACUCGAGUGUUCGCAAUCGUGGAGAGGGCUUUGUGAGAAGUGAUCCGCGAGGAUCCCGACUGCCUGGAACCGAUCGCUUUAAGUCGCAGGGUAAUAACGAGGAUGAUGAUGAGGUGGAAGAGCGACGCGAGCAACCACUGCAGAAUCAGUUUGCAACCACUUUGCGCCGACCUUUUGUCCCGAAGACGCGACCAGUACUGGACAAGGCCAAGCCCCAGCAGGAAGAUGGAGCAGAAGACAGCGAGGAGGAAGACGAGGAGGAGGACUCCGAGGAAGAUGGAGACGAAGAAGAGGAUGAAGAAGAAGAGGAGGAGCAGAAGGAGAAGCCAGAGGUAGAAGAGGAGAGUCCACAAGGGGAUAACAAGCCGACGAUUAAUACUCUUUACAAGCCCAAGGAUAAUCGAGCUCCACCGGGUAGUCGUCCCACAUUUGGAACCACCGGAAGUGGCUCACCACCAACCGCAUCCGGAAAUGUGCCCUUCAAUCCCCGCAAUCGCCCAUCAAGCUCGGCCAAUGCCAAUAACACACCAUCCAACCGCUUUGGCACCACAAAGCGACCCCGUGUCGUUAACCGACCGCCGGGCGUGGCUUCACCUAACUUGACCUUGAAACCGGUGGCCAGUGAUUAUGAGCGCACCACACCGCUGACUCCACUGAAACCGGCGCCAUUUAUACCCAGCAACAAUAGGAGUUACGAGAGGAAGUACUCGGGUCCAUCCACCGAGGCUGCGGAGACGUCCAGCGAGAAUUCCCUGAUAGAAGAUUUGAAUAUCGAUGCACUGAAUGCGCGAAACAAGAAGAUCUUUGACAAACAUAGUAAAAAGCAUCCGGCUCUGAAGCCCAAGGUGGUGAAGGUGGAAUCCGAGACGGGAUUAGAGGUGGAAACCGGUACGGAGGUGGCGGUGGAAGAAGAAACCACCGAGGUGCAGCAGCUGGAGCAGGGCUUUGUGACCACCACACCCAGUACACCACCAUCACCACCAGCACCACCCAGCACACAGUCAGACACAGCCACCACCACAGACACGCCACCAGAAACUAAAACUGAAACAGAACCUGAAACAGAACCUGAAACAGAAACUGAAAUUGAAACUGAAAUUGAAACUGAAAAUGUAACCGAAAUUGAAACAGCGACCAAUGCUAAUGAAGCCACUUCCGUCAAUUCACAGGAUCAAACCAUCUCGAGCACCACUCAAGCACCACCGCCGGCCACAACCUUGUUGCAUGUGUUCACCCUCCUGGAGGGUGAGGGCCAAGAGGAGGAGCCAACGACCAGAAAGCCAACGGUUCGCCUCUAUCCCACCAUACAAACGGAGGUGGUGCCCAAGCACAAGUUAGUCGAAAUCAAUCGCAUUGUCGAGAUUAAUUCCAAACAGGCGAAGGCAUCACAAAGGAAAUCCAAGGCGAAUAAUGACUUUGGCGUCUUGAUGGUGGAGUCCCUGCCCCAUGUGGAGCAACUGGGCGAGAUCAGUGUGGUGAAAUAUGUCCACUUGGUGGAUGGCAGUGACAUUCAGAUCAACGAUGGGCACAGCACAGUGGCCGAUUACACGCCCACCGAGCCCACAUCAGCGGCUCAAAGUCCUGUCUCGCUGCCCGUAAGGAAUUCGCUGCCAGAAACCGAAGGCGCUGACACCGAUCGCAGUGGCAAGUCCUUGGUGCCUGAAGUUCUGACUGCCGCAUUGGAGACCUCGACCAUUUCGCUGGAGGGACUUUUCGAUUCGGCCAGAAAGGGCAAGCAACUGAGCAGCAAUACAAUCAUUGGCGAAACGGAGGAGAGCACCACCAUUGGCAGUAGCAGUAGUUCGGCCACCGAAACCGGGGAGACCACCACACCGGCACCCACAUACCUGCGACAACCAGCGACUGGCAGCGUUUCGCGCCGACCGGUGCUGAGUGUCCGCCGGCGGAUUAUCAACUCGCCGACGUUGGCAGCGGUUGAAGCCACCACCACGCAGCAGCCAGCAGCAGAACCACCGACGACGACCUCCAAAUACAGCCGACUGCGCAGCAGACCCUCCGCAACAGCAGCAGCAGCAGCAGCAGCAGCAGCAACAACAACCACUGCAGCAGCAGCAACAACCGCUUUCCCAGCAGCAACAUCUGCUCCCGGUGGCAGAACCACCAGCAACAUUUACCUAAGCAAGCUGAAAGCCAAGAGCGGUGCCGCAGCAGCAGCAGCAGCAGUAGCAGCCGCAGCAUCCGGUGAGGCAGCAACACUGACGCCAGCAACAAGCAACAUCAGCAGCAGCAGCAGCAACAGCAAUGACAUCACACAAAAGCAACACAAGUUCCAGCCCGCCAGCUUCGCUCUGCGCCGCCAAUUUCAAACGCGGCGACUGACAACCUUCGCACCGGCGGCCAACGGCGAUGAAAGUGCCACCGAGGUGCCCAGAACCCAGAAUCCUCUGUUCAAGCGCCGCCUCACUCUUAUAUCCACCACGCCGCCGUCCGCACGCACCACCAAUCCACCAGUUUCGGGCCUGGACACCACCACCACUCUGUAUUUGAACGACGACGACGAGGAUCAGGUGGCCAAGUCGAGCAUUCACACGAGCCGCUUCAACCAGAUACCGGAGCAGGUGCGUCCAAGCGAGGAGUACGACUUGGCAUUGGCACCGCAGCCACUGAAGAGCACCAGCACCACGGCUAGCACCACUGUCAAUGCACCACAACCACUUAUUGGCCAGGGAAUCCGCCGCCAGUUGAUCCCACGUCCUCGUCGGCCACAGUCGACCACAUCUACGCCAACCGCCACUUUGGGGUCAUCUUUGAGGUCGACCACGCCGGUUGACCACUCGGCUCCACCACUCUCCCGUCGCCAGCAGAGUCGUCGUCGUCCGCACAAAUACAUCGAGGUUUACAGUCGUCCGCCGGCCAGGACUGCCGUUGUCUCGGCCACCUCAAGUAGUCAGUUUCUGGAUGAGGAACUGCCCCCAGUGGGUCCAAGUCAGGUGGCCCAACGGCGACGCAGUGGCAGCAUUUUGCCGGCCAAAAACGAUCCCAAGGUGAUCGUACAUGGCCAUGGCAUCAUUGAGUGUCGGGCACAAGGAAAUUUCCCGCAUCCCCUGAACUGCAGGAAGUUCAUAUCCUGCGCCCGCUUCGAGGAGACCGGUGGAAUCGUCGGAUGGGAGUACACUUGUCCCAAGGGACUCACCUACGACGGCGUCGGCGGCAUGUGCACCUGGUCGCCCUCGGAUCAGCCCUGCCGCGAUUAGACUGAUUAACAAAAACAUAUUAAAAAAAAAAACAACAUCCCUAAAUAAGCCUCUAAAUCCAUUAACCCAUCUCAUCUGGAGACCCAUUCGCCUUGAUACAAAAGACAUUCGCGCCCAUUGCACCCCGUGUUGUAUAUGAUUUUUCCAAUUUGUGAUUAGUUCUGAUGAGGUUGUUGAAUUCGAGACGAUGCAUAUGUGUGUGAGGCAAGUUGAAAUUCUACGUUAAUUAUUCUUAUUUAAGCCUAGUGAUAUCUCAACCCAAUUUUUUUGCGCCUGCCAACUCAGUAGUAAGCAAGAAUUAUUGUCCGUAGUUCAUCGUCCCAUAUAUAUAGCGCCAUAUCUAUAUAUAUGUGGUUGUGCAUGUGUACGCUAUAUACCAUAAUGGAUAGUAUGCUUUCUUUAUCAAAUAAACAUAUCAUGUAAUCCAAA